AUGGCCGCAUGUUGGAAUGUGCGUGUACCUAAUUUCAAGGACGGAACGAAUAUCUCCAUUAUCCCAGUAUCCUGGCCAGCCACGCGGGAAGUCAGGUCAACAGACAUCCAGAACCAGACAUCUAGACACCCAGAAAGAAAAUCCGACAUCUCCCAUCCCACUCAUACCCACGCCAACCACAAAUCCCCGAUGCAUUCCCCCAAUCUCCCCACCCUCCUCCUCACCCUCCUCACCCUUACACCCCACACAACACCUCUAACCCUACCCUCCCCACCCUAUUUCCCCAAUUCUGAACCCCCCGCCCCCUCCUGCACUCCCACCAACGCCCUCCAAAACCCCUCUUUCGAAUCCGACCUGCCGCCAUGGAUGGAUAUCGUAACCAGCUCCUUCGUCACCCGCGGCGUCUUCACCAGCCCCGACAACCGCGCGCACAGCGGCGCACACUUUUAUUACGCGAUGAGCAACAGCUCCGUCGAUGCUAGUCUCACGCUGUCGCAGGGUUUCGGAGGUGUUGCACUGGCACCAGAUACACAAAGUAUACAGUGCACAGCGUACCUUGCGUCCUCGCGGCCCGAUAAUCUGGGAUUCCUCAGCGUUGAGCUGUUUCUGGAUGGGGUGAGGUGUGGGGAGGCGCGGCGGUUGGGGACGACGGGGUGGACAAGGGUUGGGGGGCUGGUUGGGUUGCAGGAGAUUGGCGGGUUGGAAGGCUGGAGGGCUGGAGGGCAUAGUCUGGCGGUUGUGAUUAUUGGUUAUGGGGCUGGGGGGGAGGGGUGGGAGGUCUGGGUUGAUGAUGUGGUUGUUGGUCGCGCUUGUUGA